AAUAAUUUCCAUUUAAAUCUUUUUCAAACUAGGAGUUAGAAUACUUAUCUUCAGGCCUGGAAGGACGCUCUUCAAAUCCUGUUGCCAUACUUUUCGACACACUACUUCAUCCAGAUGCUGACUUUGGAUUUGACUAUCCAUCUGUUCUUCACUGGAAACUAGAACAGCACCAUUAUGUUCCUCAUAUGGUGCUUGGCAAAGGACCACCUGGUGGGGCUUGGCAUUCUAUGGAAAGUUCUAUGCUGACCAUCAGUUUUGGAGAGUGGAUGGAAUUACCUGGAUACAAGUUUAAGGACUGGGCUGCUAAUAAGCGAAGAAAUAUAAAAUGUGACAGAGUUCUGCCAGAAGAAAUUGCUAGCUACUACAAGCACUAUGUUAAAGUCAUGGGCCUACAGAAAAAUUUCAGGGACAACAUUUAUAUUACAUCUGUGUCAAGGCUUUACCGGGAGCAGGACCAUGAAGAUGACAGCCAAGUGAAUGAACAUGUUUCAACACAGCAUUUCCAAACAGAAGAGCAGGAUGGACAGACCCCAUUGGUCAAGAGAAACUGGGAAAUCCAAGGUUAUCAAAGAGCAGCGGAUGGCUCUCAUAUCCCGUUCUGUUUGUUUGCUGAGAAUGUGGCUCUUGCCACUGGAACCUUUGAUGCACCUGGUCGCCUACAAGUUGAAGGAGAAGACUUUCCGUUUGUCCUCCAUUCUAUGGUUGAUUUUGGAGCUGCUGUAGGCAAAGGAAUAUUACGCGGAAAAACAGACCCAGUCCUAAUUGUAGGUGGUGGACUCACAGCAGCUGAUGCAGUUCUGUGUGCUUAUAACAACAACAUCCCUAUCAUUCAUGUAUUCCGCAAAAAGGUCACCGACCCAAGUUUAAUUUUCAAACAGUUGCCUAAGAAGCUUUAUCCAGAAUACCAAAAGGUCUACCAUAUGAUGUGCACUCAGUCAGUCACAAAUGUGGACUCUAAUUUGCAUUCUUCUUAUAUUAGUUUUCCUGAACAUCAAGUACUUUCAUUUCAAUCAGACAUGAAAUGUGUCCUUCAAGGUGCCACUGGACUGAAGAAGAUCUUAAAGUUCUCUGUGGCCUUAGUAUUAAUAGGUUCGCAUCCUAACCUGUGCUUCUUAAAGGACCAAGGCCAGGGCAUAGGUCAUAAUCCAAAUGAACCAAUUACAUGCAAGGGUAACCCUAUUGAAAUUGAUCCCUACACAUAUGAGUGCACAAAGGAACCCAAUCUUUUUGCAAUAGGUCCUCUCGUUGGAGAUAAUUUUGUACGCUUUUUAAAAGGAGGGGCCCUCGGUGUUGUACAACACUUGGCUAAAAGGCAGAAGCAUCAACUCAUUGUUGAAAGAGGAGAAGAUGGAGUCCCCUAAAAUAUCAUGGGUAUCUUUGUAGGGAACUACUGGCCUAUGCUAAUAAGUGAACCAUUAACAUCUCAAGUCAUUGGCAGCUGUGUUUUUGUUACACAUUCAAGUGCUUCAUGCUUGUAUUGCCUUGUAGAGGAUGAUGAUGCUUCAGUAUUUCAGCCUUUACAAAAUACAAAAAAAAGUGUCUUUUUACUGGAGUUCUUUCCAGAUAAAGGAAGAGUAAAUGAAAGUCAGCUGA